AUGAUAAACUCAGAUCAGGUUGGUGAAGUAGGAGAGCUAUCGGAGAUAUUUCAGUGGAAGGGAGAGGUGGACAAAGGGUUGCCAAACUGGGAAGAAGCAGAUAAAGAGCAUCUUGGUGAAGAAUUAUCUGAUGUGCUUCUUUAUCUCAUCAGAUUUCCCAAGUUAGUGCAAAGCAUAAACUGCAAGUCUUCAAAAUCUUGGCAUUUUGCUCUUCACCGGUCCAUCCAGUUUAGCCCAUUUCAGCUCCAGGCUCAAAUGGAUGAUAUCCCGAUUCUUAUUACUGAGCAGUGCAUGGAAAAUAAGUACGAGGAAGCAGAGGAAAUCAGGAUCUAA